AAAUGAAGAGGAAAGUGCAAUGAAUGGAGAAAAAAGUGCAAUAAAUGAAGAGAAAAGUGCAAUAAAUGAAGAGAAAAGUGUAACGAAUGAAGAUAAAAGUGCAAUGAAUGGAGAAAAAAGUGCAAUAAAUGAAGAGAAAAGUGCAAUGAAUGAAGAGAAAAGUGCAAUGAAUGAAGAGAAAAGUGCAAUGAAUGAAGAGAAAAGUGCAACGAAUGAAGAUAAAAGUGCAAUGAAUCCAGAGAAAAAUGUAAUGAAUGAAGACAAAAGUGGAAAUCAAAGUGGAAUGGGAGAAGAAAAAAGUGGAACUGAAAAGGAUAAAAGAGCAAAACCACAAGAAGACAAUAAGAGCGAAGAUGAAAUGAGCAAAACUGCCGAAGAAAAUAUCAAAACUGGACAAGAAAAGGAAAGGCGUGCAUUGAAACUAGAUAAAGACAGAAGUGCGUUACCAAUAGAAGAAGCAAAACGCGGGGGAAUAAUUGAUAUAAAAGCAUCUAGAAGAGAUAAUGAUGAAUCUGAAGAUAAGGCAGACGAUAGUCCAAAAAGGUCUUUAAAUACAGCAGAUGUGUUCGAUGAUAUGGAUGAUCUUAUUUCUCCGUAUUUUCUUGAAAAGUUUAGAAACACUUAUGAAGACGAUAAUUACGAUAGAUCUCAAUAUGCUGAGAAUCAAGAAGAACGGUAUGAUGAUGAUUUAGCUGAUGAUGACCUUAGCGAUAUCAGUGAACGACCGAAUAGAAGAAUGUUCGGUUCUGCACCUAUUCCAGAUUUUAAUACAGAAAAACUGCAAAUAAUUAAACCAAGCUUCGAAACAUUUAGCACACCUAAACCAUUUAUUGGUAAUAUAAUGCCCUCGCCACCAUUUUUGCAACCAAUGAUGAGACCGCCGCUUCCGUACAUCAACAAAAUUAAUCAAUUACCUAAUUCAAAUAUUCGUUUACCGCCCCAGCACCCAUUACUCAAUAAAUUUCAACAGCCAUUCCCUAAACAAAACUUUAACAUAUUAGGUAAUCGAGAUUCAGGAUAUGGCGCUCCAAAUUUCAACGCUUAUGACCACAAUUACAAUGAUAUUAACGAAUAUCCAUACACUCCUGUAUCAGAAACGUCUAGAAGUGGACGACCACCAGUGAAUCCAAUAUUCAAGAAAUUAGCCCAAGCGUCAAAUAAUCCACGACCAAUGCCGGUCCUUUUCAAUUUUAAAUUGCCAAUACGACCAGUAACUUUACCACCCCCCAUACGCCCUAGGAUUAAUAUUCCCCCUAACAAUUAUAAUCCAUAUUUAUUUAGGUAUAAAAGAUCUCUACAUCAAAGUACGACAUAAAAUAAAUUCUAGACUAAGGUAAUUUUAAUAAACAAUCAAUUAAAUAUACA